UAUAUAUCAAAUGAUACAUGCAUACUGGUUGAUUUUCUGCGCAGGUUUCCUAAUUUGUUUAUAUAAUAUUAUAUAUAUAUAUAUAUAUAUGCAUGUCUCGUACUUUGUUUAAUUGUUUACGUACGUAGCGCUUAUAAUUAAUCUCUUUCUUUGAUAAAUAUAUAUAUAUAUAGAGAGUGAGAGAGAGAGAGAGAGAAAGAGAGAGCUAGCAUUAGGAAUAUUGAAGUUGUAUACGUACGAGCUACAGUACGUAAAAUUAAUAAUAAUAAUAUAUAUAAUAAUGAUAUAUUAUUGCUUCAUAUAUCAUUACAUGAACAAAUCACAGUAAUCCUUUUUCAUUAGUAAUAUUACGUAUAUGUACACAAAAUUAUGGGUUCCCAUCAUUCUACUACCUCUUUCCUCAUUAGUGUCAUAUUUUCCAUAGCAUUAUUAGUAAUAAUAUUAUUAUUGUUCAUCAUCAAAUUUAAACUACUAUUUAAUAAUAAUAAUAAGCAAAUGCUUCCUCCGGGUCCCACCCCAUGGCCUAUCCUCGGAAACAUACCGGAAUUCUUGCAAAAUAGGCCGUCGUACCGGUGGCUCCACCAUCUCAUGAAGGAGCUAAACACAGACAUUGCAUGUAUUCGCCUCGGAAAAGCUACUCAUCUCAUCACUGUCACCUCUCCGAAGAUAGCCAGAGAGUUUUUGAAGAAACACGACGCAGUGUUUGCUUCGAGACCCCACACAAUGGUCACAACUCUCCUCAGCAACAAUUACAAGGCCAUUGUAGUGUCACCGUACGACAAACAAUGGAAGAAAAUGAGGAGAGUUGUGUGUGAUGUUCUCAGCCACUCCAAACUCACUUGGCUUCUCGAGAAGAGAACCCAAGAAGCUGACAAUCUGGUUCGUUUUGUUUAUAACCAAGCGAACCAGAUUGGGGGUGGAGUGGUGAAUGUGAGAGUUGCGGCACAACAAUACUCGGUGGGAGUGUUGAGGAGAAUGAUUUUGGGUAGAAGAUAUUUUGGGAGGGGAAGAGAGGACGGUGGGCCUGGUAAAGAAGAGGAAGAGCAUGUGGAGGCUUUGCUUAGUAUAUUGUCACAUGCUUAUGCUUAUUCUGUAUCGGACAUUCUUCCAUGGCUACGUUGGUUUGACUUAGAUGGUCAUCAAACAAGUGUUCGUAAAGCCAUGGAAGUGGUCAACAAGUACCAAGGCUCCUUAGUGAAGGAGAGGAUUCAAGAAUGGAGAGAUAGUAAUAAUAAUAAGAAAGCAGAAGACUUGCUUGAUAUUCUUAUCUCCCUUAAAGACUCUGAUGGAAACCCACUUUUGUCUGAGGAUGAAAUCCAAGCACAAAUCACAGAAUUAUUUAUAGCAGUGGUGGACAAUCCGUACAGUAUAGUAGAAUGGGCACUCUCAGAAAUGUUGAACCAGCCAGAAAUGCUUGAAAAAGCAACACAAGAAAUAGACAGAGUAGUGAUGAGUAGUAGUAAUGGUACUUCUACAGUAGUACAACUCCUUCAAGAGUGUCACAUUCCUCAACUCCCUUACCUUGUGGCCUGUGCGAGAGAAGCUCUCCGGCUCCACCCAGUGUCGGCCUUCAACCUCCCACAUCUCUCUAUGGCCGAUUGCACCGUGGCUGGCUACUUCAUUCCCAAAGGCAGCCACAUCCUCCUCAGUCGCCUCGGCCUCGGCCGUAACCCUACUGUUUGGGAUGAUCAGCCUUUGGUGUUCAACCCUGACCGCCAUCUUCCUGAGAAUCGACGUGACUUGGUGGAAACAGAUCUACGGUUUGUUAGCUUCACAACUGGGAGGAGAGGGUGCAUCGGAGCGGAGCUGGGGACCAACAUCACCAUCAUGCUCUUAGGUAGAUUGCUGCAAUGUUUCAAUUGGAAGAUUCCACAAGGAAUGGACAACAUAGAUUUGAGUACUGAAAAGGAUCACAAUUCUUUGUUUAAGGCAAAACCAUUGUUUGCCCAUGCAAUACCUCGCUUUAAUCUUCCUUCUUAAUUUCUAUAUCUACCUCAUUAUAAUUAAUUAAUUAAAUUUAUUCACAAUAAAUAAAUCUAUCUUAAUUAUAAAUUAAUUUAGAUUUAAUAAUGUCAUUGCUUUACUUUAAUUUAGUAAGAAUAAAAGUUAGCUAUUCAUUUGUUUUGUUAAAUAAUAAA